GGGGGUUUCUUCAUUUCUAAUUGUAUAUGUUGCAUUAUUUAGUUGACAAAGAAUAUGAACACAAAUUAUGUUCUAAAGAUCUAAACAUUAAAACACGUUAACAAGAGCCGAGACAUGGCUCAGCGGUAGUGAGCGGCUAAGCAAACGGAAAGUUGCGAGUUCAAAACUGUGCCCAUCAUCCUUCAUGGUCGAUAAAAUAACCACUCUGCGGGGAUGUCAAGGUUAAGUGUCAUGUGGAUAGACUUACCAUAGGAAUGUGGGAAUGUCACUACUGGCUCAGAUCUCUAAACCGUUGAGCACCGAUGCUCAUAUGAGCAACACAUCACUUUAACUUGUUUAACAAAUUACAUUCAACUUGGUUUGAAAUUAAAGUAAUUGCAGGUAUGAUUAACCAUUGCCAUAAUACAUUGAGUGUGGGAAUGCGUGGUGGCAAAGUAGUUUGCGCACUCUUCUAUGACUUUGAUUCCUGGCCAUGGAUAAGUGGCAAGUCGUAUCUGAAACUGUCCUGACCUCCCCCCACCGCGCCCCCUUCAUUCACCAACCCACACCUAACCAGCGUGGUGAAAUAUGGUCAAACAGCUCCCAAUGACCGACACGGUGUGGGGGGAGGCCUUCAUGCAACAGUGGAUUGACAAAGAGCUGUCUGUACAUGCGCAUUAAUUGUACAGUUAUCCUAAAUUGAUAACGGUUACUUCCUGCUGGUAUUGUUUUGUGUUCCAGUCCAUACAGCUUGUACUUGGGGUAACAUGUGGGACCGAAGUGCUUGCCAAUGUAGUGAUUUUGCUGUGGGGGUGGGGGCUCUGUGUCCCUGUAGAGAUUAUUAUUAAGGCCGCGUUAGCUGAUUUUUCCAGACCAAAGAUUUUAUGAGGCUACACGAGACUCAUGUUAAAGACCGGUUAACAGGCCCUGUGCUGCAUUGGCCGGUCAGCGUCAGCCAGGACGGGCAUGAUAAGGCACAAUUUUCACCGUCUGCAUUAAACGUUGAACGCAGAGAAAGGUCGCGAUGAUGUUAUGUAGUACAGAAAUACUAUUGAGUACUUGAAUAAAAGCAUGUCAGCAAACAUGACUUGAAAGUCAAACUGAAAAAACAUAAGCACCAUUCGGUUUGUUGGCAGAUUAGCUGUGAAAUGCUUAAAAUCACUGGCGAGAUUCUCAAUGUAAAUUGGGCAUGUCUGCACUUGUAAUCGAGAUCGCUUAAUAAAUGCUGUUAGCCUUUGCUAUGGUAAAUGUUUCCUUUACAGCGUGUUGAUUUCACAAUUGUAUGUACAAAGCGCACUGCUUUAUAAUGGCCACUCUAUUCAGCCCUCUACAGUAUGUAUUGUGUACCCCAGACUCGGUUUGCACUUAAGUUGCCAGGACAUCUAAAAACACAUACUCAGUCUUUUCAGAUUUUUUUUAUACAUACGUUGGACAAAUGUCAGGGUAAUGUGCCUUCCAUGGCCACGAAUCACCUUUAAGUACCAAAGGACAUUGAUGUUUUAAAUAUUGUAUUUUACAAAGCCUGUUUUACCAUACCACUUGCAAGACAAAAGUGUAAAUGUAUGAGCCUGGAACUGUCACGGUAAGUACAAAAUAAUCAAUAUUCUGAUCACAUUCAAGUUUAUGUAGUAACUCUUUCACGCCAAAUCUGCUGAUUGUAUAUUGCAUGAAAAUGGGCUUUGACGUAAGAAUUUUCUGAGUUACCUAUUCUGUGAUAGGUUGAGUAAACUAUUUAGUAUAAAAUCCUGGACAUCAUCAUCCAGUCAAUCCACUUUUGGAUGAAGGUCUUCCCAAGGCACUGCCAUCUCCUGUGAUCUCUACGAAAUAACUUUUUGAUCGGUACCGACAUACGAGCUUAUUUAGUCACUCCAUCUAAUCCACGAAAUCCUGUCGGACGCGUUCCAUUCGUUGGCUGUCAACUUUGCCACUAAGCCCACUUUACUUAACAGUUUGGAUUGUCUUCAACCUGCGUAUGUUCUCUUAAUCCAUGUUCCUCACUCUUGUCUUUAAACGUAAUUGUACAGUGCCGUAUAUGAAUUCAAGCCUUGCCGAAAGACCUGAUUUUCGCAUGUUGAAUCUGACAAUUUCAGCUUAUGAUCUGUAUUUGCCUGUAUUGUUUGUUGAUCCAAAAUAUAUAUAUAUUUUUUCAGAACACUAGUUUAUGCCAAAUCCAGCUAACAUAUUGCAUGUGCACACAUUUGGAAUGCCAGGUGUAACUUGUCUGUUUGGACAAUAAACAAACGGACGUAUGAAUAGUCAACAAAACGUACGUAUUACACCGACGUGACCCGAUCAGCGAAAUGUACUCGUUGUGAAUGGCCAUAUUCAUACAAUACUCUAUACACAAUGUUAAUGUAGAGAAUAUGCAGGCAUAUUAUAAAUCAUUGAUUUAUGUUCAUCAUAGUGGCUUAGCCACAAUAUUGAAAUGUUUCUUGGUGCAAGAUAGUGUCCAGUUUACAUUUGGUAAAUACAUGCCAAUCCACUACUGGAAACGAGCCUCCCCAUGACACGGUUUAUACGGAUUAUUAUUUAAUCAUAUUUCACCAUGCGGAUUUGUGGAGAUCAGAGGUGAGAGAAUUGAAUCGCAGUUUAAUAAAUUAUGCUUGCACUGCCCUCUGCUCAACAACUAGCUCCGCAGCCAUACAAAUGGCUAAUGCAUAGAUUGGCCAAUGCACAUGUCGCAAAGAAAAACGAGCGCAAUAAUUGCAGAACCCAUUAGUCGGUUAGUCAAGCCUUAGAAAUGUUCCUUUACACAUCAGAGAGUCAACUCAAGCGACGCUGCGCCACGGCUUAACGCAUUGUGAAAACCUAAUGGAGCCAAAACGUGCGUUUCAUUGCAUAUUUUCCAUCGCACUGUGCGCAGAUUCAGUUUCCGUGUGCCAGCGCGUCUCGGGGAAGGCAAUGGAAGGGGCUGCGGAAAGAACGGCCGCCCACAGACCGGUGAAGUCGGCACUUAAACAGGGCACUCGGAGACACGCGCUGCUGCCUCCUCGCCGAGUCGGCUUUAAUCUCGCGCGCACGCAGAUCUUCUACGUGCCCCGGGACCAGCCGGUCACUCCGCUCGCUCGUCCGCUGCAAGAAUAUAUCCGUCAGGUGUAUCCGUCCUAUGCCCUGCCGAGCUCCACGCUCCGAGCGCGGGGAGAGCGCAUCGGCCCUCUCUCCGCGAGCGCAUCAUUGAGCGCAAUCAGACCAUCGACCACUCAGUGCUCCCCGCUCUCCAGCAGCGGAACGUUCCGACCCGCGAGCACCUUUACGUCUCUUCAGCGCGGCAAAGAAAGAAUGAGAGGCGACAAGAGGAUGAACUACGACGACAUGGCCAUUAUUGCGCGAGGCUAUAAGCCAAUGCUGAGCAGGUCCUGUGAAAAUGUGUUCUCGAACCGCAGUGAUGUAGACAAUGAGGUGAAGUCGGUUUUAAGCGAGGACUCGGUCAAGAAGGAACUGUUGCUCGGUUCAUCACUGUGGGAUUUGAGGCCAGCACCUUUCCGCAGGUCCAUCUCCACAGGAGUGAGCUCCCUGCCAGGCUUCUCUCGUGGACUUAACCAACACUCCAGGAUCACAUCCUCUGGACAGCUGGCCCUCCAUCCCGACGCGAGUUCUACAUUCCUGGAUUCUCAAUUUUCGGUGGCUGAUCUUCUCACCCGGCGAGAUUUGACCUUUGCUGCCUUCGUUGAUCGGAACUCGGCGACAGGAAGACCAGGCCUGCGAUCAGAACUUGUGAACACACAGUGCCAACUGGGAAAUCUAACACCGAGAUUAAGGCACCAGCUGUCAUUUAACACGUGGACAUAACACGUACCUUCCUAUAGAUCAUAGGUUUGUUGGCAAUUAAUUAACAGCACUUAAUUGUUUUAUGUACUUUGUUUCAUCAUUUUGUGUGCAUCUUAAGAGUGAAUAAUCCUGUCAGAAACAUGAAUGUAAAUCAUUUUAUUGAAUUUUGAGUCAUUAUUGCAGGCUGAAUUCUAUCAGUUGCUUACCUAACAAAACAUGUGAUAUGGAGAACACAACAAUGUUAACAUUAAGGAGUUUUUUUUAUUAUACAGUAAAAUGGAAAUCCCUAUACAUAACAUUAUAAUUUAACGUACGUUUUUCAAAUGUUAAAAAAGAAUUAAAGCUUCAAAACAAUAUGUAUUUGAAAGCAAUGUUAAACCUGUUUGCUUUAAUAAAGUUUGCUAAUAUUUGCCAUGUAGUUAAAACUCAAGGCAAGGUAUAAAGAUUUACAAUUGUUGCAAAUAGUGUAACGUUUGCUUGGAAGACCCUAAUAAAAGUGGCACACGCCAUGUGUAGCCAUGUGUAAUCCAUGUGUAAUCUUCUUCAUCGCCGUUACCUUCCCUCAAUUAAAACCGUAUACAACACUUCGCACGAAGAACUCUGCCCACUCCUCAGCACGACUCAUUACAGUAUUAAGGCAAUCUUCCAGUUUGGUUUUCAAAUGUUGCAUGAUAAUGUUUGGGGAAAAAUAAAACCACAUUUGUCAUUGCCAA